AAACCCCCAGAUAUCCAUAGCAUAAUAUAAUACUCACUUAACAGUCGGCACUACUCACACAAAUUCAAAAUUGGAAUCGAAUCAUCCAUUGUGCGAAGAUGAGACCCACCGCGCGUCGGCAAGCGAAGGACUCCUUCAUUCCCCCGGCGCCGCCCACUCCGCUGGACUUCCACCACCGCCAGUACUCCUCCCGCGACUCCGACGUCAGCAGCCGCCCCUCCUCCGUCGGCAUCGGCAGACGCCCCACCCUAGACCUCUACAAUGAGCCUUCCUACAAGCAAACGGUGGUUUCCACCAUCAACUCCUUCCUCUCCUCCCACAACUUCCCAAUCACCUUCAAAACGACGCUCCCCUCUGCCAAAGACAUCCACGAAACCCUAAAAUUUCUCCUCUCUCUCCUCGACUUCCCUUUCUCCAAACUCGAAGAGGAUCUCCCUCCCCUCCUCAAACGCCUCAAUUAUCCUUUUAAACUCAACAAAUCCAUUCUCCGUUCCCCAGCCGCGCCUCACCAAUGGCCUACCUUCCUCGCUCUCAUCCACUGGCUCGUCCAGAUCGCCAAAUUCCACCUCCACCUCUCUUCUUCCCCCAAACAGCACAACUCCCUCUACCAAUACACCGUCAACAGCUACAUGCACUUCAUCCACAACGAGGACGACGCCGUUGAGGACCUCGACCGCAGCAUCAAGGAUAAGCUCCACCACGAGAAGGCCGCCGCCGAGGAACGCCUCCAGGCCACGCGCCGCAGCGCCGCCGAGCUCGAGGCGGAGCUCGAGCGGCUCCGGUCCGCGCCCUCACUGAAGGAGGCGCUGGAGAAGGAGAAAGCAAUGCUGGAGGACGACGUGAAGAAGUUCCACAAGAUGAUCGAGGAGUUAUCCCUGCGGAUCGAGCAGGCGGAGAGGGUUCUGGCGGAGAAAGAGAAGCAGGUGGAGGCGAAGCAAGCGGAGAACGAGAAGAUCUGCGAGGAGAAUGAGGAGCUGAAGCGUCGCGUGGAGGCGCAGAGCUUCAACGCGAGGGACGUGGAGAGGAUGAAGAGGGAGUUGCAGGCGGUGGAGAGGGACACUGCGGAGGCUGAACUUGCAAGGAAUGCGUUGGAGGAGCAGGCGUGGGAUCUCGACACCACUCUCUCACACAAAAUCAAAGACCUCGAGGCUCUCGGCAUGGAGUGCAACCAAGCCCUUAAGAGGUUGAAGAUUGGUAAUGGAAUUCAAUAUCUGCUGAAUGCCAAGGGUACUACUCCUGCUGAGAUAAUGGGAAUCGAUCACAAACUUGUGCUGAAGCCUGCACUUAGAUCCUUUUCUGAUGAAAUCAAGAAAAGUUCUAUGGAAAAACUGGAGGAGUCCAUUUCUUAUCAGCAGAAGUCUGGUGAAAAUGCUGUUAGGCUUGAGGGGAAAAGAAAUCAGCUUGCGGCAGUGCAAUCACGUAUUGAUGAAAUGGAAGCUCAACUGAACAGGAUAAAGAAGGAAACACAUGAAUACACAAGUAGAGCUUCUGCUGAAGCUAAGAAAAUGUUGGAGGAUGUCCAGCUGGCAGAUCAUGAAAUUGACAUUAUGGAAAGAGAGGCAGCUGAGGUUCUCAAGACAUCCGAAUUGAAGUUGCAGGAAGUGAUUAAACAAAGUGAAGAAGAAAUUCAAAUGCAUGCCAGGGAACUCUUUCAGCUGGUUGAUUCCGUCUCAAAAUUCAAAGAACAUGUGGGUUCCAAAAUUUCAGAGAUUGGGAGGGAUCUAUCUGAAACUGCCGCUGCUGUCUCAGAUACAUAUAGGGGAGCUUGUGUAGAUAUAGAUAUUGAGAGGAAAAAAAUGAGAGAGAGAAAAUAAUUUAAUAUAUUUACUUCGCUUUAGAGUUAUGUAGUUUAGGUUGGUGAAUUUAUUAAAGGAGAACCUUACAAUUGUAACUUCCAUUUUCUAACCUUUAAUCUAUAGUGUUGUUACUCUAUGUUAAUUCGUUACACAUAUGGAACUAUUAUUAAUAUAGAAAGUAUUCAAUCGC